CUGAAACUAAUAUUUUCCGACACGGUUGUACUUCUUUUAUCUAGAUCGCUUUGGCUAAAUAUUGUAGUUAUGAGUUUAUUAGCAUGUAAAGCGGUAAUAAAUAUGAAAAUAUUUUACUACUUUAUCUGAUUCAAAUAGUGUCAGUGUCGGACAAAUAUCCUAGCGGAAUUUGUAAGACCCUUUGUUUUUCAAGGUCAUUAGUUGCUUUCAUUAGACACCCAGUAAGUUUAAAACAUUUGGACAUUAACCUUUAGGUAACUAAAUGCUUUAUAAAUUCCUUCAACCAAAACAGUAGUGCUGUUCACUGGACUACAAGAUAUCAUGAGUUUGGGCUUCUCUUCUGUUGGUUCGCACAUACUGAACGCUGUAAAUGUAAACUCCGUAUCGGUGUCUUUAGCCAUACUCACUACAUUGAUAAAUCCUUGUUCGGUAGUGGAUGUGCGUAAAAAUAUACCUUCAACAAAUGAUUUAUUGAUGGUUUUUAUCCUAUGUCGACAUGGUGAUAGGUCUCCUGUUCACACUUUCCCAACGGAUCCAUAUCGAAAGCUAUGGAAAAUGGGAUAUGGUCAGCUAACAGCUUAUGGUGCAGAACAACAUCAUGAACUAGGUCGGGUCAUCCGCAAAAUGUAUUCUGAUUUCGUUCCUGAAGUUUAUCACAAAGACGAAACAUUAUUUCGUAGUUCUGGUACUGAAAGGACACUCAUGUCUGCAAACAACUUUAUCCGAGGAUUUUACCACUUGGAAAAGAAGAGUACAAAUAACGUCCCUCCUGUGUUUUCUAGGCUAGCACAAGAAGAUCACCUGUUAAAAAUGUCUAGCAAAUGCCCUAAAUUUGAAAGGCUUUUUCACCAACUGAUGAACUCAUCAGUGGUAUCUCAGAAAGCAAAUAUAUUGAGAAACUUCUUCGACCUCCUGGAGCAUACGACCGGAUACACUUUCCCCAUUGACAGAAGUUCUUCAGAUAAUUUUUACACAGCUUGGCGUAUAUGUGAUCCUGUUACCAUAUGGGUGGAUCAUUCAUUGCCUUCACUUCCUCGUUGGGUCACUAGUGAUGUUUAUAAACAAUGCUCUAACUUAUUGGACUAUAAACAGUUCAUUCGAUUUUCCAAACCACAGUUGACAAGAUUACGAGGUGGUCCGCUGGCUGGUCAUAUGAUGGAUUUAUUUCGUGAGCGUAUUAACCAAGAGCUAAAAAAAAGUGAUCGUGACAAGGACUCAUUAGAACAACUACAUCGGCGUUUUGUUGCUUAUUUUGCGCAUGAUUCUACACUGGCAGCUCUAAUGAGCCAUUUGGGUGUAUAUAAUGGAAUCAAACCGCCUUUGGCAAGUUGUUUGAUAGUAGAACUUCAUCGUUCAUUGUCAUCCAAUAAUUUUUAUCUUCGAUUUUAUUAUCUUAAUGAAACAAAACUACCUCUAAAAACUGAUAAAAUAGUUAACCUAUGGCCAACUAAAUGUGAAACUCGUAAUGAUGUUGAUGGUAAACAGUUAAAUUAUUCAUGCCCAUUCCAAAAACUUGAAUUAUCACUUCAAGGAACUUAUGCAACAGACAUUGGAGCUGAAUGCUAUGAUCAUAAUGCAGUAUAUAACGUUAAAACAACAUUUAUGAAACCAUCAGGCAUGCAAAUGCUUGAAUCUUAUUGUUAUCAUCCUCAAUUACUAACUUUCAUUUUUUUUCAAACAGCUAUAGUAUGUUAUUUAGUUGCCCGUUUCUUUCCUAUUCCAAUGGCUUAUCUUAUAAAUAACUUUAGAUAUUCACGUCAUGUACAAUAAACGUCUAAUGAAAUAUUAUUCAUCCAACAUUGUAAAUGCAAACAGAAAGAUCAUUCUAAUGUUGACUUAAAGUUCUUCAUGUGAUAUUCAGUUUUUUCUUACUACUUAUUUGAUAAAAAGUAGUUUUUAGUUAUUCUUCGAAACAAUUAUUUUUCUAUAUUCAAAUAAGGAUAGUACAUUAGUUUUUUUUUCACUUUUAUUUUUAUAUACAACGAGGCAAUCGUCAUUUUAAUGCUUAUUUCAUAAUGUUUAUAUUAAACGCAUUCAUAUAUACAUUCAAUCAAUUAUUGUUUCUUGAUUUCUUUAUUGUAUUCUAUAAAUAUUCUUAUUUGUCAUAAUAGUUUUUUUCUCUUGUCAAAAUAAAAUGUUUUUAC